GUUACACACUACAAGCAAUAUCCACCUAAUACAAGCAAAGUAUAUUCCUACUUUGAAUGUCGUGAAAAGAAGACUGAAAAUUCCAAAUUAAGGAAAGUGAAAUACGAAGAAACUGUUUUUUAUGGUUUGCAGUACAUUCUGAAUAAAUACUUAAAAGGUAAAGUGGUGACCAAAGAGAAAAUCAAGGAAGCCAAAGAAGUAUAUAGGGAACAUUUUCAAGAUGAUGUCUUCAAUGAAAAGGGAUGGAACUAUAUUCUGGAGAAAUACGAUGGCCAUCUUCCUAUAGAAAUAAAGGCUGUUCCUGAGGGCUCUGUAAUUCCCAGAGGAAAUGUUCUUUUCACAGUAGAAAAUACAGAUCCAGAGUGCUACUGGCUCACAAAUUGGAUUGAGACGAUUCUUGUGCAGUCGUGGUAUCCAAUCACAGUGGCUACGAACUCAAGAGAGCAGAAAAAGAUUUUGGCCAAAUAUUUGCUAGAGACUUCUGGCAGCUUGGAAGGACUGGAGUAUAAGCUGCAUGACUUUGGCUACAGAGGAGUUUCUUCACAAGAGACUGCAGGAAUAGGAGCUUCAGCUCACUUGGUGAACUUCAAAGGAACAGACACUGUAGCAGGAAUUGCAUUAAUUAAAAAGUACUACGGGACAAAAGAUCCGGUUCCAGGAUACUCUGUUCCAGCUGCUGAACACAGUACCAUAACAGCUUGGGGGAAAGAUCAUGAAAAAGAUGCUUUUGAACACAUAGUGACGCAGUUUUCUUCAGUGCCUGUGUCUGUGGUUAGUGACAGCUACGACAUUUACAACGCUUGUGAAAAAAUAUGGGGCGAUGACUUAAGGCAUAUAAUUGAAGCCCGAAGUCCAGAGGCACCACUUAUUAUUAGACCAGAUUCUGGAAAUCCCCUUGACACUGUUUUAAAGGUCUUGGAGAUCUUAGGGAAGAAAUUUCCCAUUACAGAGAACUCAAAAGGCUACAAGUUGCUGCCACCGUAUCUCAGAGUUAUUCAAGGGGAUGGUGUGGAUAUCAACACGUUGCAAGAGAUUGUGGAGGGAAUGAAGAAGAAUAAAUGGAGUAUUGAGAAUAUUGCCUUUGGAUCUGGUGGAGCUUUGCUGCAGAAACUAACCAGAGAUCUCUUAAACUGUUCCUUCAAGUGUAGUUACGUGGUGACCAACGGUCUCGGGGUAAAUGUCUUCAAGGACCCAGUUGCUGAUCCAAACAAAAGGUCAAAGAAAGGACGACUGUCAUUGCAUAGGACACCAGCUGGAGACUACGUGACACUUGAAGAAGGCAAGGGAGAUCUUGAAGAGUAUGGACAGGAUCUCCUUCACACAGUAUUUAAGAAUGGAAAGGUAACGAAGUCGUAUUCAUUUGAUGAAGUAAGACAAAAUGCCAGGCUGAAGAACAGUGAACUAGAAAUGGUGUCUCACUAAGUUUCAUUCCACGUCUGUGUAUGUGUGUAACAAGUACGUACUGCAUUAACUACUGGGUUUAUUGUGUACAGAUUUGUGUGUUUGUGUUUUAUGACAUUGUAGCCAAAUUAUUUGUUGGUUUAUGGACAUACUGCCCUAUCUUUUGCCGGUCUUUAGAAAAGAUGAAAUCAGGAAAUGGUACUUACAUUGUAAAACAUAUUUAAUGCUAAAGUGUGCUUUUUAGGGCCCUUUGCCAGUAGUGAUUCAAUCUGGUAUUGAUCUUUUCACAAUGAGACAGAGCUGAGAAACUUUUUUAUAUAUAACAGAAUAUCACAAAAUGGAUUUACAUAAAAUUGUCAUGAUUGCUUUAUGUUUAUAUUUAACUUGUAUUUUUGUACAAACAAGAUUGUGUAAAAUAUAUUUAAAGUUUCAAUAAUUAAGUCUUUCCAACUUUUCAUGAUUUUUAUGAGCACAGACUUUCAAGAAAAUAUUUAGUGUGGGGGGGAAAUCCAUUGCCUUUUGUCCAUUAAUCAGCAAAUAAAACAUGGCCUUAAAAGUUUGUUGUGACAUUGUACCAUUUGACAACUAAAUCAGGACUCGUAUCUCCUCUAAGAUCCCAUAGAAUUGCUGACCUCACCGUUUCUUGUAGCUGUCUGUAUUAGUAAAUCUGCAUUAAAGUAAAUUACUGUUCUUACUAGAAGGGUUAGGUACUACAGACCUUGCUGACACAGUAAGGUAUGUAAAUGAAAUGCCAAAUUUGAAAGGAUUCUCUACUGCAACUUAACUUGCUAAGUCUAUCCCACUUGGCAUAUGCACCUCAAUAUUUUAAGAGUAAAGUUUUUAAGAGAUCUCCUCUUCCAGUAUAGAAUAUAUGUGUAAAAUACUGAAAUAUGGAAGCGGUGUAUUUUAAAGUAAUUACACUUCUGGGUUUAUUUUUCAUAUGCUGUAAGUGACAUGACUUUAAAGCAAAAUACUGGACUGGGUAGUGCACUUUUUUACUUUUUUGUAUUUUUUUCAUUGAUUUGCCUUUUGUCAGACUGGAUGUUAAAUUGUAAAAAUGUUUAACUAUUUUUGUUAACAACUUUAAUAAAACUUUAUGCUAG